UUUAAAUCCGAUCAAAACGGAGGGGAGAGAUCCGACACGCGGGAAGGUGCUGAAUCCGAUCAAAUGCCGGCUUCUCAAAAGAUUCUAAUUUCUGAGUUUUAAUUAUUGAUCAGAUAACAGAACAUCAAUGCAUCGUUUCAGUUUAUCGAUCGUAUUCUUCCAAUUUUUCCUCUUCUUUCCUUCAAGAAUUUCAGCGAUCAGGAAUCAUAUAGGCUUAGCAGUAAAGAACACAUGUAGGAGCACUAUUCAGGGAAGAUAUUUACUGACCGAUGAUAAUGGUCGUGUAUGUGAUGCUUUAUCUAUUGAUCCACUAUCUCAUUGCUGCCUUGGCAAAGGGGACAAAUUUCCUUGUCAUGGGUGCAAUCUUGUUUCACAAUGUUGCAAUUCGUAUGAAUAUUGUGUUUCAUGCUGCCUGAAUCCUUCAAAGACAAAAGGAGAACAAAUACUAAAAAUCAAAAUUUCCAAGCCAGCCACGGCAGGGACAUAUGCCAGUGUCUUUGAUUUCUGUGCUGGGAGGUGUCGUCAUAAUUCUGAGAGUGUUGUGCAUGAAAAUGCUUAUCACAGUGAUUACCAUCAUUGCUUUUCCCUGCCAUCAUAUUCUUCAGGAGUGAGCAGCACACAACUAGAAUUCAGACUGAAUGGCAUCAAUGUCAUUGUUGGAAGACAAGGAGAAUCAUGUGAUUCAGUUUGCAAGUCAAAUGAACAAUCAUGCGUCUCAAACAAGAUUUUGGUCCUAAAUCAUUGUGACAUAAUACAAAAACACAUGAGCUGCAAAGGAGGUUGCAUAGAAAGUGUUGGGCCUGAUCACCCUGCUGAAGUUGCUUAUAAUGCUCCUGAAGAACUGAAUCCAGGAGCAUGCUUAUAUAGUAGCGCACAGUCAAUCCUUACUUGUGAUGGCUCACACCCACAUACCAUGAGACUUUGCCCUUGUGCGUAGCAACUUUUCUAGGGGCGUUGUGUUGUUGGCCGUGGAUUCAAGUUUCUUGAAGAACUGGGGGGACGAGCUUUUGUUCCAAACAAGGUGCUGCUCUGUUUUCUCUCUAUUGAAUUUAAUUAGUGUCCUUUUUCGAAGCAUUUUCAACCAUUUUUGCUUCUGCUUUUGUUUAUACUUUCUCUGCAGUUCUUCCUAUUCCAUACUUAUGGUUUCAAGUUCUGUGAUUAUUCUAUUUUUUCUCAAAUUUUCAAUUUUUUUUUUUUUUAGGGUCAACUCUUAAAACUUCGAGAAAAUAUAUAGAUUUAAACCUCUCGCCUCUACUUCUAUUCUGUUUCUAUUUGGACCAAAAAUAAAUAAAUUAUGGUCUUUUAAUU